AUGGAUAAUGAUGAAUUAUCUUUGGAACGUAUGACCCAGGUCAAUAGUGUUUUAAGAAUUCUCACCGAAUCCAUAGAAAAACUGAAAAUUGCCCUGAUUUUACCGCAUCUUUUUGAGAAUCCGAUUAUGUUAGAACAAUAUUUGGAUGAGACGGGUUAUGGUGUCUGUCAAAAACUUAUUCAGCAAUACAUUAAGGAAAGGAAAUUGAAAAUCUCUACUUUGCCAUCCAAUAACGCCACCGGCGGCGCACCUUAUUUAGAUUAUCGUCUCAUUAAAAUUAUCGAUUACUGUCAUGAAAAUUACAAUAUUCUGGAUUACUUAUUACCCCACAUGCAAAAUGAUCUGUCGCCCCAAGAUAAAUCUCUACUCGAUGCAUUCCAGUUACUACGCGAUAUAAGUGAGCAACGUUUAAAAAAAUACGCCAUUGCGGAAUUAAAUAAAGAGAAGCGAAUUCAUGAAAUAUUUCAUGAAAAUGAAAUGGUAAAAAAGAAUAUUCAAGUUACCCAACGCCAAUUAAAAAAGCAACGUAUCAAUCUGCAAUGGAAACUGGCCGCCAAAGAGGCAAUGAUACAAAAAUACGAAGAGAGUCUGUCUUUUCGCAAAUAUGAUAAUAAUGUGAAAAUUAAACAGGAAAUUCGCAGUAUUCGACAAAUUCAUGCUGCCAGUGCUGUCAAACAAAAGGAACUGCAAGAGGAAUUGGAGCAGAUCAAUGCGAAUUAUGAAAAGGUGCUCAAAGAGAAUUUGAAGCAGGAAAAAAUUGCCCGAGAUGAAAAAAACAAACUCCUCAUCCAGCUACAAUCGUUAAUUAAAAAAUUCGAUCAAACAAUUGGUGAUAAAAUUAUCGAAAAUAUGAAUUUACAAGAGGAAUAUGAGCGACAAAAGCAGCUCUACGAUGAAUUUAUGCUCGAAUAUAGACGCGAAGAAGAGGAAUAUAAUCGGAUUGUACGCACCAAAGAAGAGGAGGAAAAACGUAAACAGGAAGAGAAAAUCUUGCUAUUUAUGAUGAAUCGGGCCGCGAGAACUAUACAGCGUCGAUGGUUACGUUUUCGCAAGCAGCGUAGCCGUAAACAGGCGAAAAAGGGUAAAGGUAAAAAGGGCAAAAAGAAAUAA